GCGCGAUGGAGCAUCAAAAUAUAAAAAAUAGUGCGACUUAUUAACUGAAGUUAUCCUUCGCAAUUCAGCAAAAAAUAAGCCACCAGCACCAUGGCAACUUCACAGUCAGCCUUCGCAUUUGCAGUUUGUAUCCUGAUAAUAACAGAGUUAAUACUGGCCAAAAAGGACUACUAUGACAUAUUGGGAGUGCCGAAAGAUGCCAACGAGCGUCAGAUAAAGAAGGCUUUUCACAAGCUGGCUAUGAAGUAUCACCCAGACAAGAACAAGAGCCCAGAUGCUGAGACAAAGUUCAGAGACAUUGCUGAGGCAUAUGAAACAUUGUCAGACGAGAAGAGGAGACAAGAGUAUGACCAGUUUGGACAUGGCACAUUCCAUAAUGAUGGAACCAAAGGCAGAAACGGUCCAAACGUCCACCAGCCCUUCAACUUUGGCGACAUGUUCAAGGACUUUGAUAUUUACAGCCAGAACCGGCACGCCCGUCACAAGAGGCACUUCGAGGAUCACUUCCGGGCCCACCAGGAGGCCCAUCACAGCAGACACAAGAGACACUCCCAGGGGGCUUUUGGAGCAGCGGGUGGUGGUGGCUUUGACGGCAUGUUUAACGACAUGAAGAAGUUUACUUUUCACAGGGACACUACUAAGCAGACUGAGAGCAGGUUUCAGAGUACUACAGCGAAGCAACACUGCAGAACAGUGACACAACGCAGGGGGAACAUGGUCACCACGUACACUGACUGCACUGGCUCCUGAGGACAGGGGCAAAGUCAGUAUCCACAUCACUUGGGUUGUGUUCAUCAGGCAUGAAAUGGAAGAAAGCGGUUUGAAAUGGGGAGGUACUAUCUGAACCAGUUUGUGGCUGAUGGGAUGAGCUAUUGGAGGAUGGGCUCAUUGUAAUGGCUGGAAUGGAAUUAAUGGAACGGUAUCAAACACAUGGAAACCACAUUUGACUCCGUUCCUUCAUUCCAUUCCAGCCAUUUUUUUAACGUUUUUUAUUUUACCUUUUAUUUAACUAGGCAAGUCAGUUAAGAACAAAUUCUUAUUUACAAUGGCUGCCUACCCUGGCCUCCCCUAACCCGGAAGACGCUGGGCUAAUUGUGCGCCGCCCUAUGGUACUCCCGAUCACAGCCGGUUGUGAUACAGCCCGGGAUCGAACCAGGGUCUGCAGUGACGCCUCUAGCACUGAGAUGCAGUGCUUUAGACUGCCGUACCACUUGGGAGCCAUUACAAUGAGCCUGUCCUCCUAUAGCUCCCCCCACCAGCCUCCACUGAUCUGCACUUGUUUUUGUUUUCCAUUGCACAACAUUUUGAAAGGUUUCUCUAUGGCCUGCAACAGCUUGCAACUGGGUAGGCACCUGUGGUGGGAGCUAGGUGUUUUUGUUGAUGCUGUGACCUAAGUGCUGGUCAUUGCUACUUUGUUGAGUUAAAGUAAGUAGCUAAUGAAAACACUUGAGAAGACAGUAUGUAAAACAAUCAAUAAUAAUAAUAAUUCAAGCACUGAACAGAUUUGGAAGCUUAUUGCUCACAGUUUACAUCAAGUAUAGUUAGGAAUUUGAACGUGGUAGAGGAGAAUAUUUGUGGAAAUAGUGUUAAGAAAUUGUUUUAUAUCUAUUUGACCAACGUUUCACAAACUGGGUGCACGUUUUGGUUUUUGCCCUAACACUUCACAGCUAAUUCAAAUUGUCAAAGCUUGAUGAUUAGUUGAUCAUUUGAAUCAGCUGUGUAGUGGUCGGGCAAAAACCAAAACAUGUACCCCUUGGGGUCCAGGGGACCAAGUUUGGGAAACCCUGCAUUAGACUAUCAUUCUAUGUACAGUAUAUUUAGUACCCCUCUUGAAUAUUUACAAAGGCUCUUACUCGUUAGCCAAAAGUGUUGAGUAACUACUACCACUCCCAGACAUUUUCUGUGUGCAUUUAGUAGUUUGUAUAGCCUACACGACUUCAUUGUGUGACUCCAGCAACUUUUAGUUGGAAAAAAACAGUGUGGACAAUGACGUUGGGACAGGUUUGCUUUUGGUGGAUAGAUGGAGAAAAAUGUCAGAAAUAUGUCCACUCAGUUUGAACAUUUAGUGAAACUAUAAUGCAGCAUUUUGAUGUACUGCUUUGUAAAGGGAUGCUCACCACUUAUAGUUGAAAUUGGGUCAAACUAUUCAGCUCUACAAGAACUCGUAUGGCCAAGGGAACACAUUGGAAACUACUUGCAGUUCACGUAGCCAGCUGUUUCUGUUGCUGCUGUGUGCUGGCCAUUGCUUCUUUGUCAACAUCUUUCCUCCUGUCUGCAUGGACCACUUGAAUUCAUCGGCUCACGUUGGUGUAAAUACAAUCCAGUGUUGUUCAUCCAACACCUCAUAAACAUCCGUUACCUGUUUCCCUAGACUGUAGACGAGAAAUGGAUGUUUUGUUAUGUCAUGUGUAAAGCCAGCACUCUUUUUUUCCGUCUUUUUUUUGCCACUGUUUGCUGGCUUUAUCGUUGUGAUACCUUGACCCAUAUAAGCACUUUCAUUAUUUUAAUCCUUUGGAUAAAAUGUUUUACUUUGACAGAAAUUGUGUAUCGUCCCUGUAAAUAAAAGUGUUAUAUAAAA